CAGUAAAUGUAAAUCAAAAUCUUUUGAAAACAUUUUUCACAAAUAUUAUAUGCUCAAACAUAAGCAAAAAAAGAUUUUUUGAUUAGAAAUCUUCGUCGAUAUAAUUAGGUUAAAGCCAAAUACGUAGCUAGUCGUAUCUACGAGGGUGGAUGUGGGGGUUAUUUGAAUGAAAGGUUCCACGCACACCCACACACCCCCAAGGCUUUAUACUUUUUCUACUAUUAGUCGUCGAUUUCUUCUUCUAUUUUAUGUAUCAAAAGACAAAACAAGGUUGUCAGUAUCUUCAUUGAAGAAGAAUUCCAUUUUCUUCAGAUUUUUCUAGCUGAAAGAUUCGUUAUUCGAAACAGUCUUUCAGCUCAUUUCAAAAACCAUUAAAUCACUUUUACUUAACAUGUGUUCUAUAGUAAACGCUAGCUGAAAACAUGUGAAACUUUUACUGUUCUUGUUUUUUUCUACUGACGACGAAAUCAUGUUGUAACAUUUGUCUUUAAAUGAGUGCGUUUUGUCGUUCUUUUCUAUGCAGAGAACGUUCGUUAAUAGAAAAGAAAAAUUUAUUUAUAUUGCUUAUUGAUGCACAUAAUUGAAAUAUAAUUGCAUCUUGUAGCAUUUCAAGGUUAUAUUGAUGGCAAUUUUAGAGAAAAAUGUAUAUUGUUUAUGAAAGCAGAGCGGAGAAAUAAUAAAACAACAGAACAGGAGGAGAAUCGUUUUGUCGAUAUAAAUAUGCGAGUGUUUCUUCAUGUACUUUCAUUACUGACGAGAAGAAAAAACUUGCGAUGGAUGACAAAUUUUCUUAUAAGCCCGUCACAGAUGCAGACAUAGAAUUAUUCAACAAAGUAAAGAAAUUUAUUCAUUUAGAUUCUCUAAAGAUACAUUGAUAUUUUCUUUUAGCAUAAAGAUGCUAUUAAUGCUGCAGUUCGAAGCAAAAUUUCAUCUGUUCCUGCCGAUUUCGAUUUGAAACCGGUACGAAUCGCUUUACCAGAAAAUAAAUUCGUUAAGAUUUCAUUUUUAACAGGUGGAGCUUUUAUGCGACCACCUGAUCAACCUGAUUGGAAACCACCAGGACCUACAAUCUCUGUCGACGACUCGAUAAAAUCAACACCUGAUGAAGAAUAA